GAAUGGAAGCAACAUAAUAUCAAUAUGAAAGAAGACUUACUGGAAGGUAUCAUUGAAAAUGAGACAAAUGUUGAAGGCGCUGAUAAUAAUGUAGAUGAUUGUGAUGACCAAAAUAUGACACUUCAACAACGUAGUGAUGGUCUUGCACAUAUAAAAAUUAAUGAUAAUCUCUAUGAAGAAGACAAUCGUUCAAUGUUGCAACAAACAAUUUUUGAUAACCAGCAAGCACGGCAAUUAACUAGAGACGACAGUGAUAGGAAACAAAUAAAUGAUGAUGAUACUAAAAUGUUCAGUGAACCAAUUUCUCAACAAGAAAUUCAAGGAGUUCAGGGACAGGAAAUAAAUGAAACGAUUAAUUCAUAUGACUUUAUUCCUAAUAAAAAACGUCGUCAUCAGGCACUUCAAGACAUAUUGAAUAAUCCAAGGUAUCAACAUAAUAUUUAUCGCCAAAUAGCAAAUAAACAUCUUGUGGACUAUCGUUUAAAAAUGGAAAACCAGAUGCACGCAAAAUAUAAUAUUCACGAACGUAUCUAUAAAGUUGGUGAUCUAGUGAAAAUUCAAAUUGCUAAGAUUGAUCGUGGACCCGGUGAUCCUGGUGAAGUUUUGCCACUUGGGCCGAAAGAGUUUCCUGAAUUGAAUAAUCCAUCAACUGAUACAACUAUCAGUAUCAUUGAAGCUGCAAGACUUCAAUCCAAUUCUCUUGCAA